AUGGAAUCCCUGAUGAAGGGAACCACCAGCAACAGGCAAUUUGAUGGGUUUGAUUCUACUCUGAAGAGGGUACUGCCGCAACGAUCUCGCAACCCUCACCUCACCGAUGACCCCCGUCUGAAGUCCUCAACGAGUGGACCCACGCCGAAGAUCUAUCGCCCAUACCCCGAUUAUGGGAGUGAGGAAUGGAAGAAUAGUCACCGUGGUUCUUUCAAAUCGUGCAUUGGGCCCCGAGGCAAAGCAAUCACAGACAACUUGGACGACCAAGUAAGCGCCUACGCCGGCGUUCUUAAAGGCUUUCCAACAACGAUUUUUGGUUCCCACAAGGCAGUUGGCCUUGAGGAGUCGCUAUCAUUUGAUCGCUAUACUCGGUACGGCGCUUAUGGCUUCGCCGAAGAUGAAAAAAAUGUCGAAAACUGGAUCAGACCUACCAAAGUCGAUUGGAAUAUUGUUGAUUGGGGAAAGCUUCAGAAGCAAUGCGCCGCGGACAAUGCGGACCGAUUUGACGCGCAGUCUCAGGGAUUGAACAUGCAUCAUGCCCCGGAGGCACGUACGGCCGUACUCAUUCGCUCUUACACUGGCAAGGAGUUUUCGGAUAAUGAUAUUAUUAACAUCCGAGCCAUGGUCUCCGAGCUGUCUCUCCAAUCAGGAGGAGAGUAUGAAGUUGUCUUGUUGACCCACGUCAAGGAUGAUAGCAUACAGCUCAAUGAUCCCCUUGUGUGGGAUAGGCUUUUGAACGAGCACAUCCCUCGAGAGUUCUGGGGUAUAACUCAAUUCUGGAGUAUGCCUCAAGAGGUAGCGCAUUAUCCUGAGCUCAACCCUGAACUGAUGGAUGUUCAUCAUUCGCAAUGGCUGUCGGUACAACAAUUCGCAAUCCAGAACCCUCAAUUCGAGUUUAUCUGGAACUGGGAAAUCGACACCCGCUUCACAGGUCACUACUACGAAUUCGCCGACAGGGUCUCAAACUUCGGCUCUCGACAGCCACGUCGAGAAAUCUGGGAGCGCAGUGAAAGAUUCUACAUCCCAAGUUACCAUGGCAAUUACGACGACCAAUUUCGAUCAUUUGUUAAUGCCCAGGGCGGAACCGGCAUCUGGGGGCCGAUGCCCAUGAGGUUAGAAAAUGGCAAGGAGUUUGAGCGUCAAGGCCCUACACCACCCGUCCCCACAGCCACCCAAGACCCCUAUCAAUGGGGUGUGGGCGAGGAAGCCGACCUGAUGGUUUUCUUGCCCAUCUUCAAUCCAAUCAAUACGGAAUGGGUCAUUCGAAACGAAGUCUUCGGUUAUCUCGGAGAUAUCACCCCUCGAAGAGCUUCCUUGAUCACCCACAGUCGCCUUUCAAGACGGCUAUUAUUGACAAUGGACCGUGAGAAUCGUGAAGGUCGCCACAUGAGCGCUGAAAUGUUUCACGUAUCAACUGCCUUCAUCCACGGACUCAAGGGUGUUUCGGUUCCUCACCCGGUCUAUUCAGAUCGGUUAAUGCCAAGCGACCGUGUCAGUCGCUGGUUUAACUCGGGUGUCAACGGUCGGAGCGGGAGUACUUUGGAUAGCCCAUUCUCAUGGGGUCGAGAAUCUCGUUUCAAGGAUGUUUCUUGGUAUUACCGUGCCAACCUUCCUGGACGACUAUAUUGGAACUUCCUGGGUUGGGAAAAGGAAGGCAAGGGUGGACCACAGUACGAGGAGGAACAUGGCCGAUUUUGCUUACCUUCGAUUCUUUUCCAUCCCGUCAAAGAUGUUCGACCUGAGGCGGAUAGCACUCACUAUGAUUUCGAUGCUGACAACGGAUCAAUAGCUACACCAGAUCAACUGGCGCAUAUCAACGAGCAAGGGAAACCAUAG